AUGGCUGAGGUGGCGAUUAUCGGUGAGCAGAUCGAGGACGACGAGGUGCAAGAAAUCCUGAAAACCGGUACGGAUCUGCGCCAAUAUUCAGCUCAGAUUGAAAAGGAAUUCAAAGAGGUUGAAAAUCGGUCCAUCGAUGAUUACAUCAAGGAGAGCCAGAACAUCGCUAACCUGCACAACCAGAUCGGCAACACGUCCAACAUCUUGGAGCGCAUGGAAUCGAUGCUGAUGGACAUCCAGGAUGCGCUAAACAACAUCAGCACCGAGAUCACGUCGUUGCAGAAGAAAUCCGUCUCGAUGUCGGUGCAACUUACCAAUCGGCAAUCGAUACGGGCCCAAAUUUCUCAGUUCAUCGAGGACAUGGCCGUGCCGGAGGAAAUGGUAGCAUGCAUUAUGGACAGCCCGGUUACGGAUAAGGAGUUUAUGGCUCACCUUAACGAGCUGAACCACAAGCUCAACCUAAUGAAGGAGCUUAACUUUAAGGAAUCGAAGUCUUCGCAAGACGUGAGUGACGUGCUUCACAAACUCAAAAUCAAAGCCAUGAGUAAGCUGCGGGUCUAUCUGAUGGAGCAGAUCUUCAAGUUUCGCAAACCCAUGGCUAACUACCAGAUUCCCCAGAACGCGAUGUUAAAGUAUAAGUUCUUUUUCGAGUUCAUUCUGUCGAACGAGCGUUCGGUAGCGCAAGAGAUCUGCAACGAGUAUGUGGACACGAUGGGCAAGAUCUACUAUAGCUACUUCAAAAGCUACUCCACUCGUCUAGCUGCCCUCAAGUUCGAAGAAGCCGUCUCCAAAGACGAUAUGAUGGGGCUGGACGAUUCUGCACCGAAGAGUAUAUUCUCCAAAACCAGCUCUCUGAAGAACAAGAGCACCGUCUUUUCGAUCGGUGAUCGCGGCGAAGUACUUAAUCACCAGCUCGAAGCGCCGAUCAUUGUGCCGCACGCACAGCAAAAGUUCCGCUACGCCUAUGAGUCACUCUUCCGCUCGGAACAGUACGCCUUGGUGGAUAACGCCUGCCGAGAGUACCUCUUUGUAACUGAAUUUUUUAUUCUACGCGGUGCCCAAGCGCAGGAACUGUUCAACCAGAUUAUGGGCAAAACGACUACUCUUUUGAUUAAAAAUCUAGAAACGUACGUGCAAGAUUGCUAUGACACUAUAGCGCUCUUUUUAUGUAUCCAACUCUGCUUACGGUACCAACUGAUGUGCCACAAACGAUGUGUUCCUGCCUUGGACAAAUAUUGGGACAAUCUUCAAGCGGUUAUCUGGCCUCGGUUCGAGCAAGUAUUUCGAAUGAACAUCCAAAGCAUUCAAGACUGUGACCCAACAAAGUUUCCCAAAGAAACUGGACCGCACUAUAUCACGCGUCGUUAUGCCGAGUUCUCAGCGGCUAUUGUGGGUAUUUCUGAAAAUUUCCCCAACGAGCUGGUCAGUCAUUUGCUGCUGGAACUGCAGGAAGAAGUCAAGUGCUUUAUGCUUCGCAUGGCCGCCAUAUUCACCACUCGUAAAGAGCAGUUGAUCUAUCUGAUCAAUAACUACGACCUGGUGUUGGGUGUGCUAAUGGAGCGAACGCGCGAUAACUCGAAGGAAGCGGAAGCUUUUCGUGAACUUUUGAGCACCCGCAGUGCGGAGUAUGUGGAGGAAAUUCUUGCCCCACAUCUCGGAGGGAUUAUUCAAUUCGUCAAAGAUUGCGAGCAGAUGCGCGACAAGGAACAGACGGAAGAACUCAAGCGACAGGAACGUCGCUCGUUGCAACUGGUGGCCAAUUUUAGCGCUAACUGGAAGAAGUCCUUGGAAGAACUUAACCGAGAGGUAUUCCUGUCCUUCCCCUCGCUCGUAACGGGAUCCCAGUUGCUGCAACUAGCGUUAGCCCAGCUUGUACAGUAUUAUCACAAAUUCUACAAGCUGCUGACACCGAACUCUAGGGCACAACUCGUGAACAUCCAUGUGAUAAUGAUAGAAAUCAAGAAGUAUAAGAGCAGCUACUAGUAUGCUAGGCAGAU